AAUCUGUUCAUUUGUGGCAGCAAUUUUCUCGUCUUUGUUUUUCAUAAUUUUUCGCGGAAAAAGACAACAACCUGUGGUACCCUGAUUUUUCUUACAGUCUAGUCAGUUUCGAGAGUGUUCGAGGGUUGUGUUUUCUAGUGAAAGAAUCAAAAUGAGUUGGAACGAGAUACGAAUAAGUUUAUUUAUCAUCUUCUGUGUUUUAGCCUCAGCCUCAACAUCAUCAAUGGAAACGAGUCAAACGAGCGAUAAACAAAAUGUAGAAUCCGAAGCUGAGCAAACAUUAAUAAUAAGUAAAAACGAGGAUACGGAGGUAACUUUAUCCAAAGAAUCGGAGGACACGACAACUGUGGGGAAUGCCACUCUUUCAGGGACAACUCUGUCCAACACGACCCAAAAGAUAUACAGUAAUUGCCUGACGAAUGAAGUGUAUGGUACUGUUGAAGUAGUGAAUGCCACAAGGUUGAUGGAACUCUUGAAACCUGUUACAACGACUAAUCAGUCAGAUACAAACAGCGAAGGCAAAGUCCAGGCCAGGACUUGCCUUUUGGUACUUUUUUAUGCAAGAUGGUGCAUUUUUAGCAGUCAGGCUGCUCCGCAUUUCAAUGCUCUGCCACGAUUUUUCCCUCGCAUCAAGGCAGUGGCUAUCGAUGCAUCGAGGUAUCAAAAUUUCAACACACAAUUUGGUAUCGUUGGUGUACCGACGUUAAUGUUUAUUUACAAUGGUAAGCCACUUGUAAAGUUCAAUGAUACUUCGUACACCCUCGAAACGUUUGCUCGUUUCGUCACAACGUACACCGCUCUUGAGCCAAAAGGUUCUCUUUACGUCACUUCAACGGAUUUCGGAGGACCCUUACAAAGUACACUCUCAAACGAGACCGAUGAUUGUCUCCUUAUUUCGUGGAUCUUCAUUGCUGCUUGUGCCAUAUACUUUAUUUUUCAAAGCCGAUGGUGGCAACAGUUUGUUGAACUCGUGCAAAACACAUGGAGAGAAAGCAAUGCUCAACACGAGCACGUUGACUGAAUAAACGUGUCUUUCGAUAA